CUUCCCAAGCAAUAUAUAGUGCUGAAAUUUUUUCUCCAACUUAUGUUUUAACUUCACUUCAAGAUCUGCUUCCCACCAGUCAGUUAACUUCACCAAUUCGUCAACUUGCUGAUUAUGAUUUUAACUUCUUGCAAGAGUAUCAUAAUUUCUCAAGAAAAGCUACAAUUUCUGGACAGUAUUUCAUACCGAAAGAGGUACAAGAAAAUGAUGCAAGAAACCUUGAACCUGCACGUUCAAAUUUUCUAGUAUCGGAAAUCAACAAUACUA